AUGAUUAAGAAGUUUGACAAGAAGGACGAGGAGUCGGGCAGUGGCUCAAAUCCUUUCCAACACUUGGAGAAGAGUGCUGUUCUUCAGGAGGCUCGUAUCUUUAACGAGACCCCUAUAAAUCCACGAAGAUGCCUCCACAUCCUUACCAAGAUCCUUUACUGCUGUUCUCAGGGUGAACACUUUGGAACCACUGAAGCCACAGAAGCUUUUUUUGCAAUGACCAGAUUAUUUCAAUCUAAUGAUCAAACCCUUAGGACAAUGUGUUACCUCACCAUCAAAGAGAUGGCCAACAUUUCUGAGGAUGUCAUCAUUGUCACAAGCAGUUUGACCAAGGACAUGACAGGGAAGGAGGAUGUGUACCGAGGCCCGGCCAUCCGAGCCCUCUGCAGGAUCACAGAUGGCACAAUGUUACAAGCCAUUGAGAGAUACAUGAAACAAGCCAUCGUGGACAAAGUCCCCAGUGUGUCUAGUUCUGCACUUGUGUCUUCCUUACACAUGAUGAAGAUCAGUUACGACGUGGUCAAACGGUGGAUCAACGAAGCUCAAGAAGCAGCUUCUAGUGACAAUGUCAUGGUGCAGUAUCAUGCUUUGGGGCUGCUCUACCACCUCCGGAGGAACGACCGCCUGGCAGUCUCCAAGAUGCUGAAUAAGUUCACUAAAUCUGGACUGAAAUCCCAGUUUGCCUACUGCUUGUUGAUCCGGAUUGCCAGCAAACUGCUGAAGGAAUCUGAGGAGGGCCAGGAAAGCCCCCUGUUUGACUUCAUUGAGAGCUGCCUGAGGAACAAGCAUGAGAUGGUGAUUUAUGAAGCUGCUUCUGCAAUCAUCCAUCUCCCCAACUGCACAGCCAGGGAGCUGGCACCUGCUGUCUCAGUGCUGCAGCUCUUCUGUAGUUCUUCCAAACCUGUCUUGAGAUACGCAGCUGUACGGACCCUUAACAAAGUGGCCAUGAAACAUCCAUCUGCAGUCACUGCCUGCAACCUGGACCUGGAGAACCUCAUCACCGACUCCAACCGCAGCAUCGCCACCCUGGCCAUCACCACCCUGCUGAAGACAGGCAGUGAGAGCAGUGUAGACAGGCUCAUGAAACAGAUCUCUUCCUUCGUGUCAGAGAUAUCAGAUGAGUUUAAGGUAGUGGUGGUACAGGCUAUCAGUGCCUUGUGCCAGAAGUACCCUCGGAAACACAGCGUCAUGAUGAGCUUCCUCUCCAAUAUGCUUAGGGAUGAUGGUGGCUUUGAGUACAAGCGAGCAAUUGUGGACUGUAUAAUCAGCAUCAUUGAGGAGAACCCUGAGAGCAAGGAGUCGGGCUUGGCUCACCUCUGUGAGUUCAUUGAAGACUGUGAACACACUGUCCUGGCCACCAAGAUCCUGCACCUGCUGGGGAAGGAGGGGCCAAGGACUCCAUCCCCCUCCAAGUACAUCAGGUUCAUCUUCAACCGGGUGGUGCUGGAGAACGAGGCUGUGAGGGCUGCUGCUGUGAGUGCCCUGGCUAAGUUUGGUGCCCAGAAUGAGAAUCUUCUUCCAAGCAUCUUGGUGCUGUUGCAGAGGUGCAUGAUGGACAGUGAUGAUGAAGUUCGGGACAGAGCCACCUUCUACUUGAACGUGCUGCAGCAGAGGCAGAUGGCCCUGAAUGCUGCCUACAUUUUCAACGGGUUGACAGUCUCCGUUCCUGGGAUGGAGAAAGCCCUGCACCAGUACACACUGGAGCCUUCAGACAAACCUUUUGAUAUGAAAACGGUUCCUCUGGCUACUGCACCAAUCCUUGAACAGAAACCAGAGAUUGCCCUGGUGACCAGCAAGCCUGAGAAGGUGGCACCUUCACGUCAGGAUAUAUUCCAAGAACAACUGGCAGCCAUUCCAGAGUUUAAGAGCUUGGGUCCAUUGUUCAGGUCUUCAGAACCAGUGCAGCUCACAGAAGCAGAAACAGAGUAUUUUGUUUGUUGUAUUAAACACGUGUUCACAAAUCACAUCGUUUUCCAGUUUGAUUGCACAAACACAUUAAAUGAUCAGUUGUUGGAGAGGGUCACGGUGCAGAUGGAGCCGUCGGACGCUUACGAUGUGAUCUGUUGCAUCCCAGCACCCGGCCUGGCUUACAACCAGCCAGGCAUGUGUUACACCCUGGUCCAGAUCCCUCAGGAUGAUCCCACUGCAGUUGCUUGUACUUUCAGUUGCACAAUGAAGUUCACUGUUCGAGACUGUGACCCAAACACAGGUGUGCCAGAAGAAGAUGGUUAUGAUGAUGAAUAUGUGCUGGAAGAUUUGGAGGUGACUGUGUCUGACCACAUUCAGAAGGUUUUAAAGCCCAACUUUGCAGCUGCCUGGGAAGAAGUGGGAGAUGACUUUGAGAAAGAAGAAACCUUUGCACUUAGUUCCAUUAAAACCCUUGAUGAAGCUGUCAAUAACAUCAUCAAGUUCCUGGGCAUGCAGCCCUGUGAGAGGUCAGACAAAGUGCCAGAGAACAAAAAUUCUCACACACUCUACUUAGCUGGUGUGUACAGAGGUGGCUGUGACGUGCUGGUGAGGUCCAGACUGGCUCUUGGAGAUGGUGUGACCAUGCAGGUGACAGUCAGGAGCAAAGAAGAAACACCUGUAGAUGUCAUCCUGGCUUCUGUGGGCUGAGUGUGACAUCAACUGAUGGAAACUUCCUUUGGCCAGCACUGGUUGGGUAUUUCCCAGCUCUCAGCCUGUCUGUCCCUCUGCAUGUAGUUUUUAUUCCUCACUUUGGUUAAAUAUUUUGUAUGAUGUUCCAAGUAGUGGCAAUAGUGGCUGGCUGGUUCUGAGCCUUUCCCUUCUCCCCUUUCCCUCC